AUGGGAAGGCGAGGACGACCACCGAAGGUGCUGUCAACGCCGUCAUCAUCCAUCAACAACAAAGAUGAUGAUAUACCAUCUGGAAACAAUUCGAAUUUAAGCAAAGAACCAACUCAACAUGAAACAGAGGAACCAACAGAGGAGACUGUGGAAGUACAGGAAAUCACCGAAUCCGAAACCCUAAUUUCACCAAAAGGGGCAACAGAACCUAGAAGACUCUGGGUCGACAUUAUAAGAGGUAAUCGGAAUCCUGGAAAUGGAUUAGCACUGGAAUUCAUCGCACCAACGAUUGUCAAUGGUAUUGCAGAGGUAGUAAUUGAAGAAGCAGAUACUGUAAAAGUGGUUAAAUUCUGGGAGACUGCCUUGAUCAUGUAUGUUAUAGGAGGCGACCUAAGCAUGAACAUGGUCAAACAAUUUAUGAUAAAACAGUGGAAUUUCGUCAAAUUGCCUGACAUGUACUACAACAAUGAAGGGUAUUUUGUGCUGAGAUUUCAUUCACACAAGGAGAGGGAUGAUAUGCUAAUGAAAGGUCCUUACACCAUAUGGAACAUGCCGAUGUUAUUAGCUGAAUGGAAACCAAACUUCUACUUGAAGAAUGAUAUGAUGUGUACUAUCCCUGUUUGGGUUCAACUACCUCAAUUGCCACUCCACCUAUGGGAAGAUAUGAGUGUGUUGGGAACCCUAUUGAUGACUGAUAUGAGUGUGUUGGAAACCAAACUUCUACUUGAAGAAUGA